AUGACCCCCUACCGAGACGUCCCGCCUGUGUCGUCUCGCACACAUAGUUCGAAUCGAGACCGAAGCCAAAGCCGAUCGAGAAUGUCGCACGAGUCGGGUUCCUCAGUCUCUACCACGAGCAUUGUCUUCGACCGCAUCAGCGAGCGCGUUGCUGCGGGUGAUCUUUCCGAGAAGCAGCCCCGCGGCGACGACAAUGAGGACGCCCUCAAGGAUGAACCGGAUAACGAUGAUCUCGAGACCGGUCCCUUUCUUGGCAAUGCCAGCGGCAAUGGCAAUUCCCCUCGUCAUGCCCAAAAGAAGGGACCGGGAAUGGACCGGGGGAUGCGCAGGGCGCUCCUCAUCGCCGCCGGUCUGUUAGUCUCCGCUUGGGUCGCCGGUCUAUUCGUCUACAUCGCGACAAAAUCCUACAAACCUGCUUCCGCGACCGCACACGACCCGCAAGCCACCAUCGUACGGGGCUCGGGCAAGGCUGUGACACUGGAUCAGGUCAUGGGCAGCUUCUGGCGCCCCGAGGUCCGCUCGAUACAAUGGAUUGCCGGACCGGAGGGCGAGGAUGGUCUUUUGUUGGAGAGGGACGCGGCCGGGAAGGAUUACCUCGUGGUGGAAGACAUUCGUUCCCAAGACGCGGCUGCGGUGGAUAGCUCAGCCGACGCGCAAGCGGCAGACGCCAGGACCUUGAUGGAGAAGGGCAGUUUCGAAUAUGGCAAAAGGGUCUACAACGCCGUUAAAGUGGCGCCAAGCAGGGACUUGCAGAGGGUCCUGGUUGCCACCGAUGUCAAAUCCAACUGGCGCCACUCGUCGUACGCCGCCUACUGGAUUUUUGACGUCAAGACACAAACUGCCGACCCGUUAGUCCCAGGUGAACCGGAUGCGCGCAUCCAGCUUGCUCAGUGGAACCCAACCGGCGACGCUGUUGCCUUUACCAGGGACAACAACCUGUACCUGCGCAAGGUCGGCUCCGACAACAUCAUCCAGGUCACCAAGGAUGGCGGUUCGGAAGUGUUCAACGGAGUGCCCGACUGGGUCUAUGAGGAAGAGGUGUUCUCUGGUUCAAGUGCCACGUGGUGGUCUGAAGACGGCGACUACAUCGCAUUCCUGCGGACCAACGAGACCGGCGUGCCGGAGUUUCCCAUUGACUACUUCCUCAAGCGGCCCAGCGGCACGGAGCCCAAGCCGGGUGAGGAGGCGUACCCUGAAACUAGGAAGAUCAAGUACCCGAAGGCAGGCGCUCACAACCCAGUCGUUGAACUCAAGUUUUACGACGUCGUCCGUGGUGAUGUCUUCUCGGUAGAUAUUUCCGGCGGUUUCGCCGACGAUGAUCGCCUCAUCACUGAAGUCGUCUGGGCAGGAAAACAAAUUCUGGUCAAAGAGACAAACAGGGUCAGCGACGUUAUGCGCGUUGUCCUCGUUGACGUGGCGGCCCGCAGCGGCAAGACUGUCAGAACCACGGAUGUCAAGGCUAUUGAUGGGGGUUGGUUCGAGAUCACGCAUCAGACCAAACACAUCCCAGCCGACCCGUCCAAGGGGCGCGAGCAUGACGGCUACAUCGACUUGAUCAUUCAUGGUGAUGGCAACCAUCUGGCCUAUUUUACUCCGUUGGACAAUCCUGACCCCGUCAUGCUUACCUCGGGAGACUGGGAAGUUGUUGACUCUCCGUACGCUGUGGACCUGGAUAAGAAUGUCGUCUACUUCAUGGCCACCAAGGAGUCGUCGAUCCAACGACACGUUUACCAGGUCAAGCUCACGGGAGAAGACCUGACUGCGGUAUCCGACACCUCCUCUGAGGGUUACUACGCGGCCUCGUUCUCCAUCGGCGGCGGCUACGCUCUGCUGACGUACCAAGGCCCUGGAAUUCCGUGGCAGAAGGUCAUCAGCACGCCGAGCAACCCGCGCAAGUACGAACACACCGUGGAAGAAAACAAGGACCUCGCCGACAACGCCAAGAAGCACGAACUUCCCAUCAAGAUCUACGGGACCAUCAAUGUCGACGGCGUGGAGCUGAACUACGUCGAAAGACGGCCGGCUCAUUUCGAUGCGAGCAAGAAGUAUCCGGUUUUGUUCCAGCAAUACAGUGGCCCGGGAUCGCAGACCGUCAACAAGAAGUUCACCGUCGACUUCCAAUCCUACGUGGCUGCCGGACUCGGGUACAUCUGCGUCACGGUCGACGGCCGCGGGACGGGCUACAUUGGCCGCAAGAACCGCGUUAUCGUCCGUGGUAAUCUCGGCCAAUGGGAGGCGCACGACCAGAUCGCUGCGGCUAAGAUCUGGGCCAAGAAGAAGUACAUCGACGAGACGCGGCUCGCCAUUUGGGGUUGGAGCUUCGGCGGCUUCAACGCGCUCAAGACUCUCGAGCAGGACGCCGGCGAGACGUUCCGGUACGGCAUGGCCGUAGCCCCGGUUACUGACUGGCGGUUCUACGACAGCAUCUACACGGAGCGGUACAUGCUCACACCGCAGGCCAACGGGCAUGGCUAUGACACCAGCGCCAUCUACAACACGACGGCCCUCGGACAGAACGUGAGGUUCUUGCUCAUGCACGGUCUGGCCGACGACAAUGUGCACUUUCAGUCGUCAUUAACUUUGCUGGAUAAGUUGAACUUGGCCGGGGUGGAGAAUUACGACGUCCAUGUGUUCCCAGACAGCGACCACAGCAUCUACUUUCACAACGCGAAUCGGAUUGUCUAUGACAAGCUGACAAACUGGCUCAUCAACGCCUUCAACGGCGAAUGGAUCAAGGUCGCAAGUCCGAAACCGAACGGAAAGAGGAGAGCGGCAUGA